AUGCGAGCAUUGGAACUGCUUUACGCACUCGGCGCUUUGAAUGACAGAGGAGAGCUCACCAAGCUUGGUCGACGGAUGGCUGAGUUUCCCGUUGACCCAAUGCUCUCCAAAUCCAUCAUUGCCAGUGAAGCUUAUGCAUGUACUGACGAGGUACUCACCAUUAUCGCCAUGCUUUCCGAGUCCUCGUCCCUCUUCUAUCGGCCCAAGGACAAGAAACUCCACGCAGACCAAGCCCGGCAGAAUUUCGUACGGCAAGGCGGAGAUCACUUUACUCUACUUAACGUCUGGGAACAAUGGGCCGAGACGAACUAUUCUCAGCAGUUCUGUUAUGAACAGUUCCUGCAGUACAAAAGCUUGUGUCGUGCGCGCGACAUCCGAGACCAACUUGCGGGACUCUGCGAACGUGUGGAGAUUGUGGUGGAGGCCAAUCCGAACUCGAACGAUAUCACGGCAAUUCAGAAGGCUAUAACUGCCGGUUACUUUUAUAACACUGCCCAAUUACAAAAGAGCGGCGACUCUUAUCGCACGCUCAAGACCAAUCAAACGGUGUAUAUCCAUCCAUCAUCCGGCUUGUUCCAGCACCAGCCGCCCGUCAGGACUGUGUUGUAUUACGAGCUUGUCAUGACGUCCAAAUCGUACUUGCGGCAGGUCAUGGAGAUCAAACCGUCGUGGUUAAUGGAAGUUGCCCCGCAUUACUUCAAACCUGCGGACCUGGAGGAGAUGGCCAAAGGGGAGAAGAAGAUGCCCAAGGCAGUUGGAGCAUCCGGUGUUUCCUCGUAG